AUGCGUAAACGCCCUAGGGAUUGUGCAGACUCAGGGUCGGAAUCGGUUUUAAGUGACUCAGUCAUGCCGCCCCCCAAGGUCGGUGCCAAAAAAGGAGGAAGAGGUAGGCCUGCCACUACCGGCAAAUAUGUCGGUAUCGGCCAAUCCAGGCGUGAGGCUGCGGCUGCAAUGAAGGCCGCAGCAGCCGCCGAGAAAUUAGAGGAGGAUGAGCGUCAGAUUGCGGCUCUGACGAAAAGAGUGAUGGAAGGGAGAGUCACUCGUCUGUCACAGUCAUUGUCCGACGCGGUUGCAGCUAUAAAAAGAGUGAGUAGGGUCUCCAAGGGCCUUAGCGGUUGCAGCCAAAAAGCACUAAAAGAGGCCACAGCCUCAAUUCUGGAAAGUGCUCAGGUGCUAUUAACUCGCACCACAACUGAAGAGACGGCGCUGCUGCGGGCCCAGAAUGCAAAGCUCGCAGCGCAAAUGGCGGAGCUCCGGAAGGAGCACGAUGAGCUCAAGGAAGAAAUGAUCAACUUCCGCCGCGAGCAGCUUAGGAAGGAAGUGGGCCUUCCGUCCACAGUACCGCUACCGCAGCCGCAGUCACAGCCGUCGAAGCAGCAGUCGUCACAGGAGACGGAGAUACUUCGCCUGAUCCGUCAGGAGAUGGCAAGUUUCAACGCGCGCUUCUCAGUGCUUGAGGGGAGAAUUCUACGUCCCCCCGUAGCUGCAGACCAACGCAGUAGACCAGCGACGACAAAUGUGGAGGAAACCGUAGCAGCCCAAGAAUCGACGAUUCCAACUGCUACUUCGCAAAAAGAAACUGCGGGGCCUAAAUCCAAAAAGCAGAUAAAAAAAGCGGCUAAACUGGCCAAAAAGGCAGAUGACACUCCUAUUUCGCGUGCACAAACUGCUGAAUCUGGAGCGUGUGAACCCGCCACUAGAGCUGAGGCGGAGUGGACAGUUGCGGGCGCCGCCCAAAAAAGUAAAGCGGCUCGCCAGCGGGCCAAGAAGCAAGCCCAGAAGAAACAAGAGGCCGCCAAGUCCCAGACGUCGGCUCAUCCGCCGACUAAAACCACUGACAAGACAAAGAAGGCAACCAGCUCCUCGCAGCCGGUUCACCAGCCGGUUGCGACAGUACAUCCGGAGAGGACCAGGGAGGACACAACGACCAUGGACACACAAUAA